AUGUCGACGACACAAUCAGCACAGUCAGGCCAUCAACCUAGCAAGUCGGCCGGCCUGACGCUUAAUCUGUCCUCCAACAACCCCUUUCGCAACCGCGCUGCCUCCCCACUCCUCUCCGGCGCUACGUAUAGCAAUACCACCUCGCCCGCUUCGCCUUUUGAUGACCCUCCUCCUCGACCUGUCUCGCGCAAUCCUUUUCUCGAUCCAUCAUAUUCGUCUAGUCAACCAAACUUGAUCGGAACUGGCACCAUGGCACCAACGUUGGACUCGAAGACGUCGCCGACCGCCGAGGAGCUCUUUGACGGCCUCACCAUCAAUGAUCAGAAGCCAUCGCGUCCCGAGGGUGGUAGGCCCCCGGUGAACCGCCCCCCAGGCCCGCCCGGGCGCGAAAAUAUGCCCCCUCCUGGCCGUCGCGGUCCUCCACCUCCGGGCCAUCGCCCGACCAGAUCUCAAGAGGAGGCGAUGAGACAGCGAAGAAUGCAAGGCAACAGCAGCGUCAGCAGCGGCCCUCCUCGCCCACCUGGCGCCCCUGGCUCUCCUCAGCGUCGACCUCAGGAACGCCGCCCACGUAGGAACUCGGACUCGUCACUUCUGAUCGACAUUGAGAAGCCCGAGAAGCAGCUCACCGAAGAAGAGAAGAAGGCCAAGGAAGCCAGACGACGCGAAAGAGAGCGUCGCGCACGGGAAGGAAAGGAUAAGGACCCCAAGAAGCCCAGCCGCAGAUACGACAUCAUCGAUCAGUUGGACGCUACUGCCAUCUACGGCACCAGCAUGUUCCACCACGAUGGACCAUUCGAUGCCGCAAACCCUCAUCGUAACCGAAAGGGUAGCCGACGCGCCCCCAUGCAGGCCUUCGCCAAGGACUCGUUGAAUAUGUCUCUUGGAGGAGCCGGUCCUCUUAACAAGCGCGCCGAUCACGCUACUUUUAUGGGCAACAACGAUGGUGACGCAUCUGCUGAUUAUGCCACUGCCGGAGGAAGAAACAAUUUUGUUGAGCGAAAGGACGAGCCUGCUGUCUUUGAUCCUCGUGCUCGCGGCUCGAUUCUGCAUGGCGAAGAAAGUUUGGGUCUGGGUACUUCGACUUUCCUCGAGGGAACUCCUGCCGCACGUACUGCCAUCCAACGCCGCGAGGCUGAACAGGCCCAGCAGAUGGCUACCGAAGGUAUCAAGCGUAACAAGUCAAUUGCUCAACGCAUUCGUGGCAUGAAGAGAGAACCACGCGAGUACGGACCCGCUGGCCGUAUGACAAACCCUGAGGGUGCUUACCACUCCCGCAGGUCUCCCGAUAGCGCAGGCCCUUCUACUAGCAUCUCGUACACGUCCGAGCGAAACCCCUUCUUUUCAGAGUACGGAAAGGAGCCUGAGGCUAUUUCGGUUCGUCGUACCGACAACAAUGCCAGGUCGCCUGGAUCGCCUCCACCAGUUCCCCGUAGGGGCUCUGCUAAUGGCCUCGAGCGUCGUGCCACUAACGAAGCCUAUUCACCAACCGACGAGGCCCCCAGUAAGCCAUCUGGAGGCUUCAUGGCUAGAGUCAAGAGUCUGAAGGGAGGCCGGAGACGCCAGGCUUCUGACGUUGCGGUUCCUCCGGCACCUGGAACUGCCGCCUAG